AGGGCAGAGUUGUAAAAAAAACUCCCGGGCACAGUGGGGAGUCGGUUUGCCUGACGAUAUACUCCUGAAGAAAAAUUAACAUAAAACCCCCGAAGAGCAAACAAGUAAACAUACUGAUGCAGCUUAACUGAAAUUAUCAGACAACUGUUUGCUAGGAAUGUUUGCGUAAGGUUGUUGUCAAGCCAGCCAGGAGAAAACACACGGUGAAGUCGUUUAAUGAGUGAGAAGACUAUCCUGUGGAAUGUCAAACAUUUUCUAAUCUACCAAGACUUUUGUUAGUCCCCACUGAUCACUACUGCCUUGGAGGUUUUUGCAACUCUGAACUAAAGUAGCUCUUAACGGCACUUUGCGACGGCGAAACAGCUAUGCAACUUGAAAUCCAAGUAGCGCUCAACUUUAUAAUUUCUUAUCUGUAUAACAAACUCCCACGACGACGAGUUAACAUAUUUGGUGAGGAGCUGGAGAGACAGUUGAAGAAGAAAUAUGAAGGACACUGGUACCCCGACAAGCCAUUCAAAGGAUCUGGGUUCAGGUGUAUACACAUUGGCGAGAAGGUGGACCCUUUAGUGGAGGAAGCAGCCAAAGAGAGUGGGCUAGACAUUGAGGAUGUCCGCAAUAACUUGCCUCAGGACCUCAGCGUUUGGAUCGACCCCUUUGAGGUGUCUUACCAAAUUGGGGAAAAGGGACCAGUCAAGGUGCUAUAUGUGGACGAUAACAAUGAGAAUGGUUCGGAGCUGGACAAGGAGAUCAGAAACAGUUUUAACCCCGAGGCUCAGGUCUUUAUGCCAAUCAGCGACCCUGUAGGUGGCUCCUCAGAGUCCAGUUCCCCGUCCCCUCCAUUUGGCCAGUCUGCAGCGGUCAGCCCCUCUUUCAUGCCACGCUCCGCUCAGCCUUUAACCUUCACUACAGCCUCAUUUGCCGCCACCAAGUUCGGCUCCACCAAGAUGAAGAAUGGUGGCCGCAAUGGUGGCAAAGUUGCACGCACCUCUCCCACCAACCUGGGACUGAAUGUGAACAGCUUACUUAAGCAGAAAGCCAUCUCCAACUCCAUGCAUUCUCUGUACAGUUUUGGCCUUGGAAGCCAGCAGCAGAAGGCCUCAGCACUUUCUCCCAACGCCAAGGAGUUUGUGUUUCCCAACGUCCAGAGCCAAGGGAGCUCCAGCACCAUAUUUGGAAGUGAGAACCCCCUAAGCCUCAGCCCUCUGCAGUAUAACAAUGCCUACGAUGUGUUCACAGCCUACGGGAGCAUCAAUGACAAGUCCCUCAUUGAUGGCUUAAACUUCAGUCUCAGCAACAUGCAGUAUUCGAACCAGCAGUUCCAGCCAGUAAUGGCUAACUAAUGUUGAAAAAUUAUUAUUGGCAAAAGGAAAAUGAACGGCAAAUACACACAUUAGCUCAAAUACUUUAUUAGUUCAAGGAACUGUGGAUGUGGAAACAAAUAUCUCUAUUAGACACAAGCGCAUGUGUCCAAGGGUGUUAUUUUCUCCGCAGUCUGUUUCUCUGCCCCCUUGAGUCCGUACUAAAAGCUUGUUACAGAUGUGUCUGAGCUUGGUUGCAUUCAAUCAACAUGCAUCACGGUUUUCUUUUCCCUUUUUUGCCAAUAAAGCAAAAAAAAAUUUUUUUUUUUACUAUCUUUUGAGAAAAAGAAGAAAAAUUCUAAAACCUUGGAAAAAAAAAAAACCAACAACAACUUGGAAGCUUCAAGUUCUGGCCUCUUACAGUAUUUUAAAGUUAGUAAAACAUGGCUGAUGUUUUUAGAAAUUGGCACUAAUGCAUAUAUCUGGGGUUACGUGGUCUUUUUUUCUAAUUGUAUAAUUUAAUUGAGUACAGAGUUUGUAAGAUAUCAGAGUAUAUAUAUAUUGUUUCUACAACAUGGUAUUGCAUUUAUAUCUUUUUACUACUCCAGUGAUCUGUGAUGGCUGCAGAAGCUAUAUAUUUUUUUUUUUUUUUUUUAAGAAUUGCUAAAUUCAUCUUUAAAAUAGAUAAAUUCUAAAGAUUGUGUACAGAAUAUUCCUUAGUGUUGGAAUUUCAGUGUAGGAAUAUUUGCUUUUGAAACAAAGUUGUAUUUUCUGUUAAAGAGUUGAACAGAUUUUUGCUAUAUUAUGGGCAAUGUAAUCGUAUAUAAUUUUGUACCUACAUUGUGCAAUACUUGAUCAAAUAUGGUAUAACAAAGUAUUUUGAGUCCGUGUCUUACAUGUCAAGAGGGACUGAAAUAGUUUAUAUUGAGUUUGUAUUAAAAUGCUUGAAAUAUAUGCUUAUUUUAUUCAUUUUUUUAUUUGACAUUUGCACCCUGGCCUUUUUCAAUAAAAAAAAAAGAAUGAA